AUGGCUCAUCAACAGCAAUACUUGGGUGACGGGCUCACCGCAGAAAUUGCCGAUUUGUAUGAGGAAGCAAUCCAAGCUACAAUAUCUCAAUGCCAAUUACUGCAAAAUAAUAAAGUACUCGCAGCCAUAGAAAAGGAUCCCCCGUCAGCAGCAGCAGCAGCAGCACAGACUGCAGCAGCAGCAACAGCAGCAGCAGCAGCAGCUGCGUCAGCAGCAACAACAGCAACAUCAACAGCAGCAGAUUCAUCUAAUUCUGUUGCGUCCGAUGCUCAGCAAAGUACAUCUUCUCUACAAGACAAUGAUGACUUUGAGGAUGCUGAGGUAGAUGAGGCAGAUGCAGCAGGUCCUCCGUUUAAUCCAAUUCCUGCUGCUGCUGCUGCUGCUGCUGCUGCUGCUCCUGGUCAAAGUACUCAGCAGCAGCAGCAGCAACAGCAACAGCAGCAACAGCAACAGCAGCAGCAACAGCAGCAGCAGCAGCAGCAGGGUACACGCAGUCGUCGCAAGAGUACAGAGGAAGAUGAUGACAGCGAAGAAGAUAGAGAAGAAGGUAAUGAAUUAACAACAGAAGAUGUAUCUGAUUUAGAUGACGAAGAACCAAUCACUAAUGAUGGUAUCUUUGCUUUCUUUGAUAAGGUAGAGAGGGCAGGUGCAGGUUCUGCUCGUCGUUGUAGUAAAUGGAAAGUCUCCCUAAGGCAUGGCAUAAUUAGG